GCCGCGGAGAAACACACCCCGUUCAAUGUGCGUCGACCUCUCGCGCUUUACUUCGUCCGUCUCGCGCUCGUUCUGCCUUCAUACGGGGUGGGGGGGGCAGCUCAUUAGCAUGCUGCGCGAGCUCCUUAAUGUGGCUAUUUAUUUUAAUUUAAUUUCUCUCACACACGUGCCGUACUGUUGUCGUCUGUGUCAAAGUCGCAUUAAACUCGCGGUCGUUAAUUCGUUAAUAUUCUGCCGUCGGCGUCUCUGUGCCUCAUGAAUAUUCAUGAGGCUUCGCCCCUCCUCCUUCGGAAUGCCGGAGCAGCGGGACUCUGGAACUUUCGUGCUGUGCGACGCGGGACUGCGGGCACCUCACCCUCGCCCACAUGGCCGACGGGAGCGAGCUUCCCUCCGCGAGCCGCGCGCUCGCGGGCAGACGGCAGCCGAUGGCGGUGGCAGGAAAACAUGCGGUCAAUGGCAGGACCACGGUGGAGCCCUUCCCAGAGGGCAUGGAGAUGGUCAUGUUUGGAACGGGUUGCUUCUGGGGGGCAGAGAGGCGUCUCUGGCGGGUGCCUGGUGUGUUCUCCACCCAGGUGGGCUACUCUGGGGGCAUCACCCCCAACCCCAACUACCAGGAAGUGUGUUCAGGUCUAACAGGCCACGCUGAGGUGGUCAGGGUGGUCUACUCUCCGCAAGAUGUCACUUUUGAGAAGCUCCUCAAGGUCUUCUGGGAGAGCCAUGACCCCACCCAAGGUAUGCGGCAGGGCAACGACCGCGGCACCCAGUACCGCUCGGUCAUCUACACCUACACCCCCCAGCAGCUCCAGGUGGCCCUCGGGUCCAAGCAGGCCUUCCAGCAGGAGUUGCGCCACAAGGGCUAUGGCCUCAUAACCACAGAGAUCCGAGAGGCGCCGCCGUUCUACUACGCCGAGGAUUCCCACCAGCAGUACCUCCAUAAGGUCCCCAGCGGCUACUGCGGCCUCAAAGGCACCGGGGUGAGCUGUCCCAUCGCGGGGGUGGAGACGCCAAGGGAGGGGGGUGAGCCGUGAGGAGGUGGAGGGACGAGGAAGGACCUCGGGGGCCUGAGGACGUCACGGCACAGGUGGCUUUGGACUGGGGUGAUGGACCCUGAGGAGGGACAAGGAAGUAGUGCAGGUGGGACGGCAUGGUAAAGCGCUGUGUGGGGACAGUGUGGACAACUCGUUUUCACUGCUAGAAGCUGGACUGGACCAGAAUGGAUCACUGCAAGUGCUGCCCCUUUCUCCCUGGGGAUGAGGGUGCAAGGGCCCUCACCUGAGAGUAGCUAACUUUGGUUAUUUCAUAGUUUGUUCGUGACCUUCUUUGGAGCAGAGAAACAUCCCUGUAUAUUUCUGCAUAAUUAAUAAUAAUAAUAAUAAUAAUAAUAAUAAUAAUAACAAACAUUCAGUGUCUAUUGGCUGUAGUAAGUUCACUGUACAUCUCACAUAUUUGGCGGUGUAGAACAGAGCAGAAAAAGUGGUGUGUACAUUCACAAGACACUUUUCUCCAAA